AUGGCGAUUGAGAAAUCAUCUGUACAGACAAUUGGUGAAGAACAAAUACAGAAUCCUUACACAGAGCUCCUUGUGUUGAAAGGUCAUCAAGAUAUAGUACGAUUUCUAGUGCAAAUAGAUGAUUGCAGGUUUGCAUCUGCAGGAGAUGAUGGAAUCAUAUUUCUGUGGAAUGCUCAGACUGGAGAAAAACUUUUUGAACUUCGUGGACACACACACAAAAUUACAGCUAUAGCACCAUUUUCUUCGUCAGAUGCUUCUGAAGAAAAAAACCAUUUGAUUUUAACAGCAUCAGCUGAUAGAACAGUUAUUGUUUGGGACUGCACUAGUGGCAGACAAGUUCAGAAAGUGUCAUGUUUCCAUUCCACUGUAAAGUGUUUGACAGUUCUUCAAAGACUGGAUGUAUGGUUGUCUGGAGGGAGUGAUCUGUGUGUUUGGAACCGAAAAUUAGAUCUCUUGUGUAAGACCAGUCAUCUUACUGAUGCAGGUAUCAGUGCUUUGGUUGAAUUGCCUAAAAAUUGUGUUGCAGCAGCUGUCGGUAAAGAGCUAAUAAUUUUUAGGUUGAUUACUUCUGAUGAUGGGUCUGAAGGUUGGAAUGUCCUUGAAGUAAAACGUCUUGUUGACCACCAGGAUAACAUUUUGUCAUUAGUCAGUGUCAAUGACUUGACUUUUGUGACUGGUUCUCACGUGGGUGAGUUAAUAGUUUGGGAUGCACUUGACUGGACAAAGCAGGCAUCUGAGUGCAACUUCUGGGAUUCGUCUGUCCAUCCAGAUGUACAGCCGGAAAUAAAGUUAUCCCAAAGCCCAAAUGAAACUUCAGUUCAACACUUAACAUCUGAUGAGGAGUGUGUGUUUGCUGCUGUUGGGAAAGGCAUAUAUGUAUAUAAUCUUCAAAUGAAGCGUGUGAUUGCCUGCCAGAGAACUGCUCAUGAAUCCUCUGUACUACACAUUGAAAAGCUUCCAAACAGGCAGCUGAUCUCCUGUUCAGAAGAUGGCAGUGUGCGCAUUUGGGAGCUGCGAGAAAAGCAGCAGCUGCCAGCUGAACCAGUUCCGACAGGGUUUUUCAACAUGUGGGGAUUUGGAAGGGCAAACAAGCAGGCAAACCAAGCUGCAAAGAAAAUGCAGGAGAAUACACCUGUGUAUUUCUUGGAGCUGGUUGGUGAUUUGAUUGGUCAUUCAUCAGCUGUGCAGAUGUUCCUGUACUUUGGUGAACUGGGACUGGCUACAUGCUCUGCUGACCACCUCGUUAUCUUGUGGAAGGAUGGUGAACGAGAAUCUAGACUCCGCAGUUUAACACUCUUUCAAAAAUUGGCGCAAAAUGGUGAUUUGCAGGUCAAAUUUUAAAUUGCUCAAAUACAGGCUACAUAUGUGUAACCUGCAUGUGUGUUAAAUGUGAGUGUAAAGGAAAGUCUGAGCUACUGGGAAUGGGACAACCAGUAAGGUUUACGCUUAAUGUCAUGUAUUAUAUUGGAUUUUUUAUUAGUUGCUACUACUCUUCUCAAAGGAGAAUUUUGCUUGUUGAAACUUACUUGGCUUACUUUGUCAGCAGAAGUGGUGUUCUCUUGAAAGCCUGAAGAUAAUGAUCGACUAAUUAAAUAGUUUCUAAUAUUAUUCCUAAUGUUUAAAAGUAUCAUGGGUGGAUGUCAAAAUCAAGAUCUGUGAAAAUCCUUAGACAGAUCAUAACUAAAGCAGUUGGGGGCAUUCCACAGUAUUACGUGCAGAAACAAGGCACAGAAAAAAACCCUGAGGCUUCCUGCUUUAUGUAACUUGUUUCUUGAACUAAACUGUAGUUGCUGAUGGCUCAGAUUUAUGUAUCUACAAAAAAACCUAAAAGAAACAGUUCUCAAAUAGUAACUUCAAAUGCAAAAAUUCUAUCCUGCACCAAGGGUAAGAGCAAGAAAGAAAAGUAGGCAACACCGGUCUGUCAGGUUUUAAUUUUUGGCAAAACAAGUUAUAUAGAUACUCCUUGCUGGCAGUAGUUGCAGUUUUACCGUGAGUUAACCUACACUAUUGGAGUUUAUACAGCACCAUUACCAUGUCUAGCAUGAAGUGUGAUUAGUUUAGCUUAGUCUUUUCCAUAAUGCAUUCAUCAAAUUAAUUUGUAUCUAAUAAAAAGCACUGGCCUUACUAUGGAUUUUCUGGAUGUAAAAUACUUUCUUAAGCAGGAGCAGUUGAUGUGUUCAAUGCUAGCAAAACACUUCUGUCGGAUGAGUACUAAAUUAUUACGUGAAGUUUGACUGCAGAGGAAUCUGGCACAAGUUUGUAAGGAUAAAUAGUAUUUUAGAGUUUAAAAGUAAGAAGUCUCUAAGUACACAAUGCCUUUUUCAAGCUGCAGGUAGCAGCAGUAAUCUCCAAGCUAAACAGGAGUAGGAAAAUAACUCCAAACUGAAACAAAAACUGCAAACCAAAGCAACAAAAACCCAAAAGAAAAAACAAAGGCAAAGUUAAACCCAGAACUGAUACAAAGAAAGUGGGAGGGAGGAUAAGAUAAUGAGUGCUAAGUUACCAUUCCAACAGAGGAGAGCUAGGAAAGCGGGGAGUUUGGGAACUUAGUGGUCAUAAAGCCAUGUAGAAGCCGGUGCUGCUGUCCUCAGGUCUACUCAGAAGGUCCAGCACUUAGUUAGGAGUAAGUGUCAUGCAACUUUUCAGUGCCAUCUCUUCCCUUUGAAUCAGAGAACUGUUUCCAGUGCAGGGGACUACAGGGCUGUAAUUCCAGAUUUAGGAACCAGUGGCUGCAGUUAAGUGCUAUUAAAACAAAGGACUAAGCAGAUCCUGACAAGAGCAGAAGCAAAAGGAGGAAGCCCAAGCUUCCUAGAAAAAAACAAGGAGCCUUUUAGACUUGCUUCCCCCAGCCCCUGUGGGCACUUGCCUUGCCCCUACCACACAGAAGUCAAGCUUUGCCUCUUGAGUCUGACCAUAAUCUUCCCUGGAAGACAGGGCAGAGGAACAGUAAAAUUUUGAGUUAUAUUUUUUUCCCCACUUCAGUCAACUUGUACAACCAGUCUUAUUUGAGUGUAGAGCUCAAAAUGCCAUCUUUGAAAAACGCAGAAGAGAUGGAGAGUUGUUAAAUUACUCUCUCCCUUCAAUCCAGGAAGGUUAAGUCAGUGUUAAAUCUUGAGCUGCAUGUUCUUUGCUCUGUGUGGCUAUUCAAUAGACCAGCAUAGGAAAAGUGUUUGCAUUGCAGCUAAUGAUAACAUACCUUUGGGUGUAUGGUAUUGAACUUGGAGGAGGAAGGCAUGUUAAGCCUUUCUGCCUGUCAGUCUGCACUGUUUCAGCCUGUCUUCAUCAGCAAGUGUUGCAUUUUUGGCUACCCCAGUAGAGGCUGAGGAGAUCAGGUUCUCUUUGGCUCUGUUUCCCUUGUUUAAAUUGAGAAAUAACUGUUUAGCUGUAUAUAAAGUGUGUGUUUACACAUUGUUACUAAAACUUUACAGCAAAAGCUUAUAAAACUUAGUUGUUUUGGAGAGGCUACUGCUACCAUCAGUUACAACUAGAGAGAAGGACCAUUAUCUUUUUAUUAUGUCUUCUUCCUAUACCAUGAGAAUGACUAUUUCAUUUUUAUGUGACUGCUUUUAAGUGAAUACCUGGUAGAGAAACAGACCUGUUUAACUGAACAGUUCUAGUCACAAAACUCCCUGUGCACUUUACAGGGAUGUAAUUCAGCCUUAAAGAGUCCUACAUGCAUGUAUAAAUAUUUCUAUCUAUCAGAAGUGCCAUGGUUCUCAGAUAUACUCCCUUGGUAAUAGAUCUCCCAAGAGUCUCUUCCUUCAAAGAUGGUUGAGUUGAAAGCAUUGAAUCGAGUUCUUUGUUUUACAAAUGAACUUUUAAGCAUAACAGUGAACGCAGUAAGGCUAUACUAGCCUACUCCUAGUAAGUAAGAGUUUGUCACUUGCUGCUGGGAAAUGCAGUGAGCAGAAUUAGGGUGACCAGAUGAGAAUUUUUACUUCUACCUUAUGUCCUUUUAAUUGCUUUUUCCACCUCACAGUAGUGCAGAAUUCCGUAUGUUCACAUCAUGAAAGUAAAUAUCUUUAUCAGAUCUACCCUUAUUACUUGUACCAUUCUGAGGUGGCUGUUUUACAUAUGUGUGCACUGACAAAAGCAUGAAACAAGCAGCUGUUAGUUAACUGGACAGGUUAGAGUUUAAGAUAUCUGACACAGCUGGCAGAUGAUGAUUAAAGAGGACAUAUCUUCACACAAAUUACUUUUUUUGCUUAGUCUCUGACUGUGGGAAGAAACACGGGAUCUUGCAACAAAUAUACUGAUUCCGCAUUAACACCUUAACUCGUGAACCAGAACUGAGGCUGAACUUUAUUUCUUAGAUUCCUUCCACCAUUCACAUUUUCUUCCUUGUGACAGAAGUGUGACAAAAAUAAUGAAUUGAAAUGUUUUACAUGGAUGUGGUCUUACAGUGUUGCUGUAUUUAACAAAUUAAAUUAAGAUGACAAAGCUUUGAGUCUUGUGAAAUUUUUUUCUCUAAUGCAAGCUACAGUGAGUGUUCAGUCAUCAGAAUAGUUAAGAUACAACCACUGAGAGCACUAGUUCUAA